AUGGUCAAAGCUAUAAAUUCCAUGGAUAAAACAUAUUUAGUUAGAUGUACUGCUCACUCUAUACAGUUAUCUAUAAAUGCAGGGCUCCAAAAUGAUAUGGUAAAAGAAAUAAUUAAUAAACUGAGAAAAAUAGUUGGACAUUUUAAUAGAAGUGCCUCUGCACAAAAUGAACUUGAAAAUGAAGAAAAGUGUGGCGAAAAAAAACAUAAACUAGUUCAAGACUGCGUUACUCAUAAAUGGUUUAUAUCUUCUGUUGAAUUUAAAAAUAUGAAAGAUUUAUUGAAAUUACUUGAACCGUUUAAAAUUGUUACAGAAGUAUUAGGUGGAGAAAACUACACAACCGCGUCAAUAGCACACCGAUUGAUUAAAAGUCUUUUAAAUACGUUAAAAGUUAGUGAAAUAGACACUCAUUUUUUAACUACGGUAAAAAAACUAAUUUUAGAUGACUUAAAAUAUCGAAGAGAAAUGAUGGGUUUAAUAUUAGCAAAAUCAUCAGCAUUAGACCCUAGAUUUCGAGAGUUAAAAUUUCUAUCUGAAGAAGAAAAAGUAACUGUUUGGAAACAACUUGAAAAUGAGCUGAAAGAAUUAAUUACUGAUCCAGAAAUAGAAAAUGAAGAAGAAUUAAUCUCUGAAUCAAUAUUAGAAAAUGAAGAACAUUUUGAAACACACUCUCCUCCUCGUAAGAAAUUACGAUCAUUAAUGAUAGAUAGCGAUGAUGAUGACGAAGACGAUUAUUCGAUAACUCAAAGUCCUACGAUGAAACAACUUGAAGAGUAUAAAAAUUUGAAAAUCAAAGUUCCCUACGAUCAAGAUCCUUUAAAUUGGUGGAAAGAAAACGAAUCUAAAUACUCAGCUGUAUCAUUACUAGCCAAAAAAUACUUAAGUAUAGUGGCCACUAGUGUUCCCUGUGAACGGUUAUUUAGCGAAGCUGGAACAAUAAUUUCCAAGAAAAGAAAUAGAUUAUCUCCUGAACGACUCAAUCAACUGUUAUUUUUGAAUUCAUAUUUCAAAUCGAACUCAAGUUCUGAAACAUUGAUGGAAAAACUGCUCGAAGAAGAAAUUUUUUGA